AUGGUGGCGGUUCCGAUAUUUGUGACUCUGGUGGCAGUAGUGGUGUACCUGUGGAGGCCAGUGGUCAUCCAAGGGCUGUGUCUCGAGGAACAGAAGGGCUUCUACCACUGCUACCACUGCUACCACUGCUGCCACUGCAACCACUGCUUCCACUGCUACCACUGCUGCCACUGCUACCACUGCUACCACUGCUACCACUGCUGCCACUGCUACCACUGCUACCACUGCUACCACUGCUGCUACUGCUACCACUGCUACCACUGCUGCCACUGCUACCACUGCUACCACUGCAACCACUGCUACCACUGCUGCCACUGCUACCACUGCUACCACUGCUACCACUUCUACCACUGCUACCACUGCUGCCACUGCUACCACUGCUACCACUGCUACCACUGCUGCCACUGCUACCACUGCUACCACUGCUACCACUGCUACCACUGCUGCUACUGCUACCACUGCUGCCACUGCUACCACUGCUGCCACUUCUACCACUGCUACCACUGCUACCACUGCUGCCACUGCAACCACUGCUACCACUGCUGCCACUGCUACCACUGCUGCCACUGCAACCACUGCUACCACUGCUACCACUGCUGCCACUGCAACCACUGCUACCACUGCUACCACUGCUGCUAUUGCUAG